AUGAGCAAAGACGGGAAUUGCGGCGGCUGUUCAGCCCCAUGGGGGAAAAUGCCACAAUCGCCCAUGACGCCCCUCUCCGAUGCGAGGGAUUCUCCAACCGCCCCGCUCUGCAGUCACAGCGCCUUCAGUAAAGUCAACAAGGAGUCAUCUGAAGAGGAAUCAUUUGUUGUGGGUAAAUAUCAAACCUCCAUGUGUCCCAUAUGUCUUGAAUCAUUCACACAUGAGAACCCCGCCGUGGUGGUGGGUUGUGGUCACAGUUUCCACCUGCAAUGUGUUGAGGAUUGGCGGCAGCGUUCCCCCAUUUGUCCCGUGUGUAUGAUUGUGUUACGUGGUGAUGGAUUACCAAUGCAUACGGGGAGACAAUCCCAGCGUCCCUCUGAAGUGUCACCUUCGCAACGGAAGGGUCGUGCAACAACAUCAACAAUGACAUCAGCAUCAUCAGGAACAACAUUUAUGGUAACGGCAGGUGGAGUUCAUGGUCGUGUGUUGGACACGAAACCUCCUUCGGUAGUCAACGCUUCAGCAGGAGUGGAGGGAUCUGGAAGUGUUGUGGAUGUUGGUAAUGUUUCGUUUUUGUCGCGGGUGCGGCGUUGCAUGAAAUUCUGUUGCACAUGUGAAGAUGAUUUGUGA